CUGCCACUGCACGUCUCUAACACUGCGCACUAUUCGUACAUCUUUUCACAAUUAAUCAAUACAUUUCAUUCCAAUAGCCACUGUUGCACUUUUAUACACAUUUUACAGCUUAUUAUAUUUACUAAUUGUACGAGCUCUGCCACACACGUGCCAUGUGCCGACCAAUUCAACGAAAAGCAAAACGAACAAAACCUCUUGGCCAGAGAACAACAAAUCUGCUGUCAAACCGGCACUGAAGAAUGUAAACAAACAGCUGACGUUUGCUUGAGAAACCAUGGCGUUAUCCAACCGGCUGCUGUUCCGAUAUUUCUCUGCCGCAAAACAUCCAAAAAACAAUGCAAGGACAAAAUGGAAAAGCGUCGUCGGACUGGAGGUACACGCACAGCUGGAGACCAAAUCGAAACUGUUUUCCGGGGCUCGGGCUACCUUUGGAGCUGCCCCGAAUUCGUGUGUUGCUUUGUUCGACGCGUCAAUUCCCGGAACAUUACCCGUGCUAAACAAAGGUGCCGUAGAGCUCGGUGUAAAAACAGCACUCGCACUAGGAUGCAACGUGAGCGCAGUAUCGAUGUUUGACCGCAAACACUACUUUUAUGCUGAUUUGCCAAACGGAUAUCAGAUCACGCAGCAGCGAGCUCCAUUGGCACGGGGCGGAAACCUAUCGUUUCCGGUGUUUGUUCCCGGAGUGACAAAGACGCCUUACUACAAAACGGCAAGGCUUCAUCAGCUGCAGCUCGAGCAAGACAGUGGAAAAUCGCUGCACGAUCCGUACGAGCGCAAAAGCUUGGUGGAUUUGAAUCGUGCUGGUGUGCCAUUGAUGGAGUUGGUGUUUGAACCGGACCUGGAAACUGGCGAGGAAGCGGCGGCGCUGGUGAAGGAAUUGAUCCUGAUUUUGACGAGGUUGCAGAGCUGCUCUUGCAAGAUGGAAGAGGGUGCAUUACGAGUGGACGCUAACAUAUCGGUACAUUUGGAGGGUACACCGCUUGGCACGCGAACGGAGGUGAAAAACAUUGGCUCGGUGCGAGCCGUCGCUCAGGCCGUCGAUUACGAAAUACAGCGUCAAAUCGCCGUUCUGGACGAGGGUGGAACGAUACACAACGAAACUCGUGCCUGGGACUCGACGGCUAGGAAAACGGUCGCCAUGCGAGACAAGGAAGUGGUGCAGGAUUAUCGUUUUAUGCCGGAACCGAACCUUCCGCCGUUGCAUUUAAAACUAAGUGAAGAUUCGGCGGAAUCGCCUGACGCAGACGCCGUUGGUUUGAUAGACGUGCCGAAACUACACCAGACACUGCCGGAGCUGCCGGAGCAAACACGCCAAACGAUUAUACAGCGCCACCAGCUGACCAGUACGAUCGCAAUAACGCUGGUGAACGACGUUACACUAUACGAACACUUCCGUUCCAUCAUCGACGAGUCGGCGACUCGAUCCCCAAAGCUGGUGGCAAACUUUCUCAUCAAUGAGCUGCUUACGAUGCUAAACCGUAACAAGCUAGAGCCGGCCGAUGCGCACCUAACUACUAGCCAGCUCGCCACCAUUGUGGAUAUGUUGCAGGAAAACCAGCUCAACAUUCACUAUGCUCGGCGUGUGCUGCAGGAGCUGCUGGAUCAACGGGAUAGGGCUGAAGGAAGUGCACCAUCAUCAUCGUGCCCACGGGAAAUCGUUACCGCUAACAAUUGGUUCCUUAUUACGGAUGAAUCGGACAUCAGACGGUACUGUGAAGGCGUUAUUGAGCGCAGUCCCAAGCUGGUGGAUAAGUAUCGCAAAGGCAAGGAGAAAAUGCUGUACGCGUUGGCGGGUGAGGUGGCAAAGGCUAGUGAGGAGAAGGUUGACAUGGCGAGAGCGGUGGAGAUGUUGAAGGAGAUGUUAAAGUAAGAGACACACCGAAUAGGACGCUUUGCCAAUUUUACUUAAGGUGAAUAAAGUCAAAAACCAAACUAGAGAAAUUGAAAUGAAGCAUAAA